AUGGGACCACCAUCUAAGAGGAUAAAGGCCCCAAAGCUGCCCGACAACCUUCUUAAGGAGCUCGGCGUAGACGCGUGUCUCGUCCACGAAAAGCUACCAUGCCGAACGCGCCGUACCACCGAAACAACCAAGAAGGUCGAACCAGUAUCUACAAAGGAAGCCAAGCCCAUUUUGAAGAAGGGUAAGAAACAACUAGUGGAGGAAGAAGAGGAUGACGAGGAGGGCUUUAAUGAGGCGGACGAUAUCGAUCUGGACGAGGGGGACGACGACAACCUAGACCUUGACGAAGAUGAAGACAUGGACGAUGAUGAAGACGAAGAAGAAACAACACAAUCCAAACCGAAGUCGCAGCCAAAAAUCUCGAAAACCGUCCUGGAACGACUGGCGCAAGACGACAAGGAGAUCGCCGACCUCGAAAAGAAGCUCGGUCUCAAGAAGGGACGCAAAUCGCUUCCCAAGUCCUUCGAGGAGGACGGUCUUCUUGAGCUGCUAGAAGGCCUCCCUGGCGUAGACGAUGAAACAAGUCAGAAGAGGAAGCGAAAGUCGGAAGCGGAUGAGUGGCUUGCGGCGAAGAGGAGGAAAGCAGAAGAGGCGGCGAUGAAGAAGAUGAAAGAAGCCGAACUAGAAGAGGAGGAAGAGGAGGACUCCGAGUUGGACGACGAGGACGAUGGCUUGGACGAUCUAUUAGAAGGCUUGCACUCCGACGACGAAGACGACGAUCUUGACGAGAACGAAGACGUGCUCGAGGGUGGUUCCGAUGAAGAUGGCGAAGACGAAAUCUCGGGCGAGGACGAGGAUGAAGAUGGGUUUGCAGAGUUCGACGAAGACGAAGAUGAUGACGAAGACGAAGACGAACAAACCGAACAACAGCCGCCAGAACGAGUCCGCGAAAACCCAUACGUUGCGCCUACGACAGGGCAGACGGUAGAAAAAUACGUGCCGCCAUCCAAGCGAGCGGAGGCAGGCUCGGACGCGGAGUUGGUGGCCCGCAUUCGCCGUCAAACACAAGGUCUUAUCAACAGGAUGACCGAGUCAAAUCUGUUGUCCAUCAUUAUGGACUUCGAAAAGCUUUACCGCGACAACCCGCGACAACAUCUCACGUCAAACAUUGUCGAUGUCCUACUCAUUCAGGUCUGCGAACCAACAACGCUACCUGACACGUUGCUCGUUCUUACCGCUGGUUUUGCUACUGGUAUCUUCAAGGUGAUCGGCAUGGACUUCGGCGCACAACUUAUUCAAGAAGUGAUUGAGCGAUUCGACAAGCACUAUGAAGAGGCCAAGGAGGCUGCAAAGGAGCGGCCAGACGUACCAAAACAGACGUCCAACAUCAUCACUUUCCUAUCCGAACUCUACAACUUUCAACUCGUGGGCCCCAACUUGCUUUUCGACUUCAUUCGAGUGCUGCUGGGUGAUCUGUCGGAGCUGAACGCGGAGCUUUUGCUCAGGAUUGUGCGCAUUGCCGGCCCGGCCCUUCGACAAGAUGACCCUAUGUCUCUCAAGGAUAUUGUUACCCUUAUCCGCCCGGCUGUCGCCAAGAUUGGAGAGAAGAACCUCAGCGUUAGAACCAAGUUCAUGAUCGAGACCAUCAAUGACUUGAAGAACAACAAGAUGAAGACGGGACUAGGCGCUUCCGCCGUUCUCACGGAACAUACCACCAAGAUGAAGAAGCUUCUGGGCACCCUGAAGACCACCAAGACGCCCGAGCCUUUGCGGAUGACUCUUGCCGAUAUUCGCGAUGCUGACAAGAAGGGCAAGUGGUGGCUUGUAGGCGCUAGCUGGGCGGGGAAAGAUAAGGACGGCGACAAGAAGCCCUUCUCGUCAACUCAGGACGACGUCAUCGAGCAUAAUGUUGACUCGGACGACGAAAGCUUUGUGUUAGAGGAUGUCGAGGACAUGCCUGACCUCGGAGAACUUGCCAGAGAGAACCAGAUGAACACGGACGUGCGCCGGUCCAUUUUCGUAUCGAUAAUGUCCGCCACGGAUUAUGAAGAUGCCUACUACCGCAUCCUCAAGUUGCGCCUGAACAAGGAGCGACAGAGAGAAAUCCCAUACGUGAUCAUCCAGUGCGCCGGCGCCGAGCAGGUCCACAACCCGUACUACACCUUGGUGGCCAAGAAGCUUUGCGGGGAUCGCAAAAUCCGGUGGGCGUUCCAAGACUCGCUCUGGAAACUGUUCAGGCGUCUCGGAGAGUCCGUGUUUGGCGACGAUAUCGAGGAAGAGGAGGACGAAGAUGCGAUGGACAUGCGGCGGCUUGUAAACAUUGCAAAGCUAUUCGGCACCAUGGUGGCAGGCGGAUCGCUAGGACUGGCGAUUCUCAAAUGCCUCAACCUCCCUUAUCUACAGACCAAGACGCGGGCGCUAGUGGAGAUCAUGUUGAUUACGGUGCUUCUAGAAGCCGGAAAGGGCGGCGACAAGGGCCGGGAUGAGGUGAUCACAUCGGUGUUUGCGGCUGUGGAAGGGGUCCCCGAGCUUGCCAGGGGCCUGCAGUGGUUCAUCAAGAAGGUGGUCCGGAAGUCGGAUCUCGCGGGAGGAGCGGCCAACACCAAGCUCGUCAAGGAGGGUUGCAAGACGGCCAUGGCGGCCUUGGAGCAUGCUUUGCUCGCUGCUGAAGGGCUGGUGGAAUAG